UUCCACCGCCGCGUCGCGCCCUGGUGAAGGGAUCAUGAAGGUGAAGGUGAUUUCUGUCCUGGAGGACAACUACAUGUACCUGGUCAUCGAGGAGAGCACCCGGGAUGCCAUCGCGGUGGACGCCGCCGUCCCCAAAAGGUUGCUGGAGAUCAUCAGGAAGGAGGAGGUGGUGCUCAGAGCGGUCCUCACCACCCACCACCACUGGGACCAUGCGAGGGGCAACGAGGAGCUGGCGAGGCUGUGCCCCGGCCUGCGGGUGUACGGUGCCGACGAGAGGAUCGGGGCCCUGACCCACAAGGUGACCCACGAGCAGGAGCUGACGUUUGGGGCCAUCCGGGUGAGGUGCCUCUUCACCCCCUGCCACACCUCGGGCCACAUGUGCUACUUCAUGUGGGAGGACGGCUCUCCAGACGCUCCAGCUCUCUUCUCAGGUGACACUCUGUUUGUGGGAGGCUGCGGGAAGUUCUACGAGGGGACAGCGGAGCAGAUGUACACCAACCUCACCCAAAUCCUGGGGGCUUUGCCGAAGGAGACGAAGGUGUUCUGUGGCCACGAAUGCACCGUCCGAAACCUCAAAUUCGCCUUAAAAGUGGAACCGGAGAAUGAAAUAGUGAAGAAGAAACUCGCCUGGGCCAAACAGCGGGAUGAUGAGGACUUGCCCACGGUGCCCUCCACGCUGCAGGAGGAGUUCCUCUACAACCCCUUCCUGCGGGUCACGGAGGAGCCCUUGCAGAAGUUCACGGGCAAGACAGACCCGGUGGAGGUGCUGAGGACCCUCCGCACCGAGAAGGAUAACUUCAAGAAGCCCAAGGAGCGGCCCAAUCCCCAGGCCAUGCUCGCGUUCGACUGGGGACUUUUCAGCCCCUUCCUCGAGAAGAAGUGAUCAUCCAUGGUGGUGGCUCCCAAAGCUCAGCGUCCCCAUCGUGGCGGGGGCUUCCUCCCAGGGCUGUGUCCGUCUGGCUCUGACUUACUCCCAAAAGACUCAGAGGUUGGGAACUGGUUUCUGCCUUUAACCUGCUCGUCUGAGGCUGCUCUGCUUCGCUCCCUCCAGCGCCGUGCCCGGUUCCCCUGGUCAACAGGAGCUUUGCUGAGCUCAGCCAGGCAGGUAAAUCUGCAGGAUCCUCCAAAACAUGUUGGAUGUUUUGGAGAGGACACUCCCAACGUUGGGGUUGGUGGGUGCGGGAGCUGCCGCCCGUCCUGCAACCCUUUUCCUGCGGGAGGGAGCCAAGGCAGAGCCUGGGGAAGGUGGGGAUGCUCAGGGGAUGGGGGGCUGUACCCCAUGGAGCAGCUGGCACCCUGCAGCCCGGCCACACCUGGGGCUGCAUCGGGACGAGGAGCAGGGACUUGGAUGCACAAGAGGAAGCCGAGAAGAGAAUUGGCAUUUUCACCGGCGUUGGGCGGUACCUACUUGACUCCAGACCUGGGCUAAUAGAAACCCUCAUUACAGUGGGGUUCGGGUAUUGUUUUUUCCCCUUUUCCCCCUAUUUUUAAUGGUAGGCCAACACAGAAAAAUCACGUAGGGAUUUGUAAUGCAAUUGCUGACUGAUGGGAGCCAUCCAAACUGCUUACACCACGCAGGCGAUGGACGAACGUGUCCCCUCACCUGCUGCCUUUGUAAAAUACUUUCAAGGUGUGACAGUUUUCAGGCAGCAAACACCAAUGUGCUGUUGGGCAUCUAUUGCUGCUGCUUUUUUUUUUCUUCCCCUCGAUAGAAAACUGGAAAACUUGGCUGAAACUUCCCUUUUUGUUGCCUUUUCUUUAGAAGAGCUGGGGAGCAACUGGGGCUUGUCAGCCUCUUCAGCCUUCAGUUGGUGCAAAACCAGUACUGUAUUUUAAUUUAAGUCUGAGAAAUGUGCAAAUCAUUUAUUGGCAGGUGGUGGGGAAGUGCAUUGCAAAACCAGUAAAGUCCUUUUCUUUUUUUUUUGAGAGAACAUAGGGCUUGAUGGUAGCGCUGUAAAAUAGCUGUGAAAAUCCCUCCGAAGGGUCUGGGCUUGGGCCGGUUGCUCCAUGUGGGACAAUCACACGUCUCUGGUUUCUUCUUCACCUCAGGGUGUGUGAUUGCCUUGGUGUUGCUGAGUUCUGUGCAGUUCCAGUGAAAACACAGCGCAGCAGAGGGGUUGGGCCCAUAAUCCUGUCCCGUGUGGUGUCAUUUUAAAGCGUCGAUUAUGAAUUUUGUAGCUCCUGACACUGGAAUAGAGUUGACUUCAGGAUCUUUCACGUGUGGACUGUGAACUGCACCCAUUGCCACUGACGCCUGGAUUUUGCCUGUUUCUUCCCUUGCUGGGAAUAGAUUACGAUUUUCCUUUUUUUCCCUUUUCUUAGUUAUAGUGUUUAGAAUUUGUUAGAAUUUACUCUCCCCCACAGGGGGGGGGGAUAAGAAUGAAUCCUGCUGCACGAGUUCUCUCGGUACUAUUGCCUUGAAGUUACUCAGUUUAAAUGUAAUGGUACAGUUUGUCCACGUUACCUGGGUGUUCCUCUGGAAUUUUAUUUACACUGGGAGCAGAGAUGCACCCAUGUGUGUUUGGGGAGGGUUCCUGAACCAGCAGUGAGUCUGCUCACACUGACAGCAGCUGAAAGGCUGGGAGGACUUCAAGCUGGUUUUGAUAUCACAGCAAGAACAGACACCCAGGAGUGGCUGUAGGAGCUGAGGUCUCGGGGUGUUCCUAGUGGAGAGCCCUUUGGUGGCUUUAGCAGGGUACAUGUUGGUAACCCACCCCCCCAAAGUGGGUUAAUUAAAUCUACAUUUAAUUUAGCUUUAUUUAUUUGUGCGCUUCUGGCCUGAUGUGCAUGUUGUCAAUGGAAACAGAAUGGGUUUCUCUUGCACUGAUCUUCAUGGUCUCAGCACUUCACUUGGCCUGAUGUGGUGUCAGCUGCAGUGUCUCUUGCUGUAGAUGAAAACGCACAACCCUGUGUGACACACGUCUGUGCAGGGGAAAGGGCAGUGGCUGCAACUACCCACCUCCUUGUAAAACCAAGAGGGUGGGGAGGGGGAAGCUGUGGGAGAUUCUUGCCUUAUGAACACUGUGAAUUCACUAAUUGGUCAGCAACACCUGAAAAAUGUAAAGCUUUUAAUUAAAACCAUUUAAAAAAAAAAAGUCUUUUAUGCUGUUGGUUUACUUUUAAGGAAGAGUGGAGGAGGCUUUGAGAAGGACAGGGGCAAGUACUGCCAGAGCAGCCGUCACAAGAGGCAGCUCAAGGUCUGAGAGCUUUGCUUGUGACAGCCCUGGGCUCAGGGGGGGGCAGUAACUGGGUGGGAGGUGUCUUUGAUGAGGGUCUGGGCAAGGUUUCAGUCUGGGCUGGAUGCUGUAACCACCUCCAUCUGUGUUUGCUCUGAAGGACAAAGCCAUGUGCCAGUUUUGUUUUCAGUUCUCCUCCACUUAACGCUACUUUCUGCACAGUCCUUCCUCCUCCCACAGCGGGAACUGGAAAAAGGA